GCUUGAUGGGCCCGUGACGCCGGCCGUUUGGGGACGCAGAAGACAGGCCUACGAGUAACCGGGAAGGAAAGAAAGGACAGGAAGUUCCGUACCGCCAUAGAGCCACUCUUCCUCCUCAUCCCCUCCGGUCCCGCCGCUCAGGUCCGACACUAGGCGCUCGACCUCGCCGGCCGACAUGGCCGCCCCGAGCACAACUUAAAGGCAGCGAUCAACAGCCCCCUCAAACCCUUUCCCCAGCCUCGCUGCCCAGGGGCACGAGAGGGGCGCGAACCCCCAGCGAGCAACCCAAGAAAGCGCGCGAGUUAAAUCCAGGUUGGGCGGCCGUGGCGGCAAAGAUGAAGACUCCAGCGCAGGUUCCCUCAGAAAGGUCAAGCAUAUGGAAAGCACUCGAGUAAUCCUUUAGCUAAUUGUUGAUUGUUCGUGCAGAGGACCUUGAAAUGACAUAAGCUUGCUCUAAUGGCAAUUGGAAAUAAUUGAGGGCUAUUUUGGAUAGAGAAUAAGGUACUACAGAGCUCUUCUCCCCAGCCCUGCCCCUGCUUCCUGGAUUCGUGCUCUUUCUACAGCCAAUCAUCGUUCCUGACGUCAUCACCGUGCGCCAUUAGUGGGGGCGUCAGAUGAAGGACCACGUGUACCGUGUUGACUGUCAAAGUCUCCGGGAGACCAAUUUCCGGAAGCGGUGAGUUCUGAGAAGUUCCUGCACCUGAGUUCUCCACGAAUCCACGAAUCCCCAACCAUGAGCGCCCCAGGCGUGCUGUCCUUUACCCAGCAAGGCUGGGAGCAGGUGCUCGCCAAAGUGAAACGGGCACUGGUCUAUCUGGACGCCGCCUGCGCCGAGAGCCUUCACUGGGGCUGCGGAUCCACGCGCCUCCUGGAAGCUGUGGGGGGACCUACGUGUCAUCUGCGGGAGUUCGAGCCCGGCGCGGCUGGCGGCGGAGCCAAUCAGCCCAAGGCGGUGUUUGUACUAAGCUGCCUGUUGAAAGGCCGGACCGUGGAGACUCUACGGGACAUUAUCAGCCGCAGUCACUUCCAGUAUUGUGUGGUGGUCACGGCCGUGAGCCACGCUGUCCACCUCACGGCCAACCAUGUGCCGGCAGCGGCAGUGGCCGAGCUGGAGGGGCAGCAGCCAGUGUUUGAGCAGUUGGAAGAGAAGCUGUGUGAGUGGAUGGGCAACAUGAACUACACUGCAGAGGUGCUGAAUGUACCAUUGUUGCUCUCCCCUGUUGCUCCCCACCUUGCCUUGACUCCAGCCUUUGCUUCUCUCUUUCCACUGCUACCCCAGGACGUGCAUCUCCUUAAUAGUGCACGACCAGAAAAGAGGAGGCUGGGAAGCCUGAGUGAGGUGGAUGCCACUGCCCUGACCCCUGAACUGCUGCUGCAGAUCAGGUGCCUGGUGUCAGGCCUCAGUUCUCUGUGUGAGCACUUAGGGGUAAGGGAAGAGUGUUUUGCUGUUGGUUCCCUCAGUCGGAUCAUCGCUGCAGAUCUGGCCAAUUAUGCCCCUGUAAAGAACAGAAGGAAGAAUGCAUCAGGCAGGGCAUCAGUGGUCUUUGUGGACAGAACUCUGGAUCUCACAGGAGCAGUUGGACAUCAUGGAGACAACUUAGUAGAGAAGAUAAUUUCAGUGCUUCCGCAGCUUCCAGGGCACACAAAUGAUGUGAUGGUUAACAUGAUGGAACUCACUGCAUUGCAGACUCAAGAGGAGAAUUAUAAUAUAGUUGCACCAGGCUGUCUCGCACAAUCUAAUGACCCCGCAGCCAGAACCCUCUGGGAAGCCUUACUGAACACCAAGCACAAAGAGGCGGUGAUGGAAGUUCGGAGACAUCUAGUGGAAGCUGCAAGCAGAGAAAACCUGCCAAUCAAGAUGAGCAUGGGGAGAGUCACGCCGGGGCAGCUCACAUCCUAUAUUCAGCUCUUCAGGAACAGUUUCAAAGCUCUAAUGAAUCAUUGUGGUCUCCUACAGCUUGGGCUGGCCACAGUUCAAACUCUGAAACACCCGCAGACUGCCAAAUGGGACAACUUUCUGGCUUUUGAAAGGCUCCUUCUCCAGAACAUUGGGGAGUCAACGAUGCCUGUUGUGUUAAAUCAGCUUCUGCCCAUGAUUAAGCCUUUGAACCAAAGGACCAAAGAUGACUACAGCCCUGAAGAGCUGUUGAUACUUCUCAUAUACAUUUAUUCUGUCACUGGAGAAUUCACAGUAGACAAAAACCUGGGUGAGGCUGAAGGAAAAGUGAAGAAAGCAUUGGCUCAAGUCUUCUGUGAGGAACCUGAGUUAUCACCUUUGCUGCAAAAAAUCACAGGCUGUGACUCUUCAAUUAACCUGACAUUGCACAAAUCCAAAAUUGCUGUGGAUGAACUCUUCACUUCACUUCGGGAUAUUGCUGGAGCUCGGAAUCUCAUGAAACAGUUUAAGUCUGUGUAUGUUCCUGGAAAUCAUACCCACCAGGCAUCCUAUAAGCCGUUGUUAAAGCAGAUCGUGGAGGAAAUAUUUAAUCCCGAGAGGCCAGAUCCCGUUGAUAUUGAACACAUGUCUUCAGGCCUCACUGAUCUCCUUAAAACGGGAUUUAGCAUGUUCAUGAAGGUGAGCCGGCCUCAUCCCAGCGACCACCCUCUCCUGAUCCUCUUCGUGGUGGGUGGAAUCACGGUCUCAGAAGCCAAAAUGGUCAAAGAUCUUGUGCUGUCCCUGAAGCCAGGAACCCAGGUGAUUGUGCUGUCCACACGACUCCUGAAACCACUUAACAUUCCUGAGCUAUUAUUUGCAACUGACCGGCUGCAUCCAGACCUUGGCAUCUGAGCAUCUGCUAAGAAGAUAAGACCCUACACUAACAAACCAAAGUGUCCCUGUUACUAAUUGUGGGUAUGAUUGAAUUCUUCCUGAUAACCAGACACAGAGGUACUCUUCUUGGAUUGCUGUGAUUCUUCAAAAAACUAUUUUUUUUAUUGUUGGAAAAGUGUCAGGUUGUCUUUCAGCUACCCUAAUUAGUGAUAAUUAGUGAUAAUUCCCAUUUAUCCUUAACCCUCUAUUUGUAAUCUUCCUGAUUCUGCUUGCAAGUUCAUUAAUUCCAAAUAAAUGCCUUUUGGCACAUGUUGGUAGAUUACAAGUCCUCUGAUGUGAAGCUGUUCAAGGAGAAGCCAGGCAUGCUUUAGAAUUACGAGUGUGAGAAAAGUUUGGUUUGCCUUAAUAUUAUCUAACUGAGGAGGGCACAUUACAAAUAGGGUCUGAGGCUUUGUUUCUCUCUUGAUCUGAAACAUUUCUGAAAAGGCAGGGAAGGGGGAGGGUGAUAGCCAGGCCAGCACUGGUAGUCUGAGUCCAUUAUAAAUCAUCUGGCCUUAACAAAGGGCUGCAUUGUUCCAGCUCGCUCACGGGGCAGGGCUGCCAGCCUGCUUGGAACGGUAGUGAGAGCGCGGCUGAUUGGGGGGUUGUCUUUGCUUAUAAAAGGCUUCCUCCCUUCCCAAAGGCCCCAUUACAAGAUAUCUGGUCCCCAGGAGUCUCAGUUGUAACCCCAACCCCCCUCUGACCUUUGUGUUUUCAAAUUUGCAUUGAAAUAUAAAGCUUUCUUUUC